AUGGAGAUGACAGAGGGACCAGAAUCAGGAAACCACACUCUGCUGACUGGAUUCAUCCUCUCUGGAUUGUCCAGCCACCCAGAAUUGCAGCACUUGUUGUUCUUCACAUUCUCCUUCGUUUACACCAUCACCACCAUUGGGAACCUUCUCAUCUUCAUGAUCACAGGGCACUCUACCCUCCACACACCCAUGUACUUCUUCCUUCGGGUCCUGUCCUUCCUGGAUAUUUCCACAGCAUCCGUCGUUGUUCCCAAGAUGUUGGUGAACUUCCUGGCAGGGGACAGGAGCAUUUCCUACACGGGCUGUAUCACGCAGCUUUUCUCUGUGGUUGUCUUAGCAGCCACCGAGUGGUACCUUUUGGCAGCCAUGGCCUAUGACCGGUACGUGGCCAUAUGCAACCCCCUGAGAUACGCAACGAUAAUGAACAGUAGGGUUUGUCGUUCCUUGGUCCUGCUGUCAUGCUGCAGCGGUAGCAUCGUCUCUGUGGUGCAGACAGCCUGGGUGUUCACGUUGCCGUUCUGUGAGCCCAAGCAGAUUAAUUACUUCUUCUGUGAUAUUCCCCCCCUCAUCAUGCUCUCCUGCACUGACACCUCUCUCUAUGAAAAGCAGAUCAUUAUGACCACAGUGCUGGUCAUCUUUACACCAUUUUGUCUCAUCCUGGUGUCCUAUGCCUGCAUCCUCUCCAGCAUCCUGAGGAUUUCUUCUGCAGAGGGCAGACAUAAGACCUUCUCCACCUGCUCCUCCCACCUCAUUGUUGUGACACUGUACUGUGGCAGUGGGACCUUGAUUUACUUACAGCCCAAAGCAAGUUACUAUCAAGACGCUAAGAAAGUCCUGGCUCUCAUAUACACAACUGUAGUUCCCACGUUAAACCCCUUGAUUUAUAGCCUGAGAAAUAAAGAAGUGAAAGAAGUACUGAUCAGAAUGAUGGGUGAGCUGAGGAAGAAAUCCACUUCUGCUUGA